UGCUCUGCUGCGCUUUUCCCUCCAAGAGCCCCGUCAUUUACUCAUAAAUCACGUUUCGAUUUUAGAUUGCUCUGGGAGGUCUCAUGUUCGAAUCUCUCUGAUUUCUACCCGAUCCAGUCCGUUAUUUAUUUAAUCAGAGUGCAGCCAAGGAAAUAAACCAGUUGGAAACAGAUCCGGAUCAAGAUAAUAAAUUCCGAGUCAGGUAGAUCAGGCUUUAUGGCAUAGGAUUUUAGUUUUCUCAUAUGAAAACCUCUGCUGUGGUUCAUCAACCGUGGGUUUCUGUCCUACAGUUAAGAAUCAUAUCAUUCGGUUUCAAAAGCAUUAAUUUUUUCUCUAAUCUUGUGUGUAAGGGAUCCGAAAAACCGUUUUUUGGGGGUGAUCGGGCGGCGGGGCUUCAAUUCUUUAAUUAAACACUUCUUUGACGUUUCUAGAUCUGUUCAAGAUAGAUGCAUCGGUGUUCAUAUUGAUCAUUACUUCUUUAAACUUAUUUCCCCAAUUCAGGAAGUUGUUCAUGGAUCGAGCCUUCUCAUUUUAAAAACUUAACUUCUCAUAUCGAGUUAGUUAAACCCUAGAAACCCCAGCAUUUGCAUUAGUAGGGAUGGGGUUUGAAUGGUUUUGUCGCAGAAGUGCUAUUUUGGUGCUAUUCGCUUUUUUGUUGGCAAUUGCACCUGCAUUCUGCGCGGUAUGUAGCAUAGAUUUAGGGUCAGAAUGGAUGAAGGUUGCAGUGGUAAAUUUGAAGCCUGGACAGAGCCCAAUUUCCAUAGCAAUAAACGAAAUAUCGAAGCGGAAAAGCUCUGCUCUUGUUGCAUUCAACGGAGGAAACCGCCUGGUGGCUGAGGAAGGCGCAGUUAUCUCUGCCCGUUAUCCAAAUAAAGUUUUUAUGCACACCAGAGAUAUGGUGGGCAAAUCCUAUGAUCAGGUUAAGAAGCUUGCAGACUCGCUUUACCUUCCAUAUGACAUAGUCGAGGAUUCUAGAGGCGCUGCUGGCAUUAGAGCAGACGAUGGCAAUUCUUCCACUUAUUCGGCAGAGGAGUUAGUUUCAAUGAUUUUGGGUUAUGGAAGAAAUUUAGCCGAAUUCCAUGCCAAAUCCCAAAUUAAGGACGCUGUAAUUUGUGUGCCACCUUUCUUUGGACAAGCUGAGAGGAAUGGAAUAAUUCAGGCAGCUCAGCUUGCUGGAAUCAAUGUGUUGUCCCUGAUUAAUGAGCAUUCUGGGGCAGCUCUUCAGUAUGGGAUUGAUAAGGAUUUUUCGAAUGAGUCGCGGCACGUGGUGUUUUAUGACAUGGGUGCCAACAGUGUUUAUGCUGCUCUUGUUCAUUUCUCUGCAUACACAACCAAGGAGUAUGGCAAGACUGUCUCGGCCAAUCAAUUUCAGGUUAAGGAUGUUAGAUGGAAUGCAAAAUUGGGUGGGCAAACUAUGGAAUUGCGGUUAGUUGAGCAUUUUGCAGAUGAAUUUAAUAAUAAACUUGGGAAUGGAGUAGACAUAAGAAAAUUUCCUAAGGCAAUGGCAAAGUUGAAGAAACAGGUAAAGCGUACGAAGGAAAUUCUUAGUGCCAAUACUGAGGCUCCUCUCUCAGUGGAGUCACUUUAUGAGGAUACAGAUUUCAGGAGCACCAUAAGCCGACAGAAAUUUGAAGAGCUAUGUGGAGAUCUUUGGGAGGAAGCACUUGUGCCUCUCAAAGAAGUUAUUAAGAAUUCUGGCUUGAAGGUGGAGGAUCUUUAUGCUGUAGAGCUGAUAGGUGGAGCAACUCGCACACCAAAGCUUCAGGUCAUGCUACAAGAUUUCCUUGGGAGAAAAAACUUAGAUAAGCAUCUUGAUGCUGAUGAAGCUGUUGUACUUGGAGCAGCACUUCAUGCUGCAAAUGUGAGUGAUGGAAUCAAACUGAUGCGCAAGCUUGGUAUGGUUGAUGGUGCAAUGUAUGGCUUUGUACUGGAAUUGAACAUUGAUAACGAGGAGAAUAAUCAACAAGUGCUUAUCCCACGGCUAAAGAAAACUCCUAGUAAGGUAUACAAGUCGGUGACUUAUAACAAGGACUUUGAAGUUUCACUUCUAUAUGAUCCAUCUGAUAUACUACCUCCAGGUGUUUCUGAUGAAAAAAUAGCAACAUACCAAGUUUCAGGCUUAACUGACACCUUUGCAAAAUAUUCAUCUCGUAACCUCUCUUCCCCCAUAAAGACAAACUUACACUUCUCCUUGAGCAGAAGUGGUGUGGUGUCAUUUGAUCGCGCUGAGGUUGUCAUUGAGAUUUCAGAAUGGAUUGAAGUUCCUGUGAAGAAUCUAACAGUAGAAAAUUUGACCUCAAUAUUAUCAAAUGCAUCAACUGAAUCGAUUCCAAGUCCAGAUAGCUCUACUGAAAAUGGAGAAGCCAACUUGAAUGGUGAAGGAAUUGAGAAUAAUACUGUAAGUACAAAUCCAGAAAAGGUAACUGAAGAUGCAAAGCCCACCACCGAAAAGAAAUUGAGGAAAAGAACCUUCAGGGUUCCACUCAAGUUAAUAGAUGUUACAGACAGGCCUGGAAGGUCCCUUUCUAAAGAAUCAUUUGCUGAAGCUGGUAUUAGGCUUGCUGAUCUGAAUCGCAAAGAUGCAGAGCGUAAAAGAACAUCUGAGCUUAAAAAUACACUGGAGGAAUAUGUGUAUUCAACCAAAGAAAAGUUGGAUUUGUCUGAGAAUAUUGAGAAAGUUUCAACUGAAGAGCAACGUGAAUCAUUCAAGGGCAAACUUGAUGAGGCUCAAGAUUGGUUAUACACUGAUGGUGAAGAUGCUUCUGCAAACGAAUUCCAAGAACACCUUGACUCACUCAAAUUAAUUGGAGAUCCUAUAUUCUUCAGGUUGGCUGAACAGAAUGCUCGACCUAAAGCUAGUGAUUUUUUUCAGCAAUAUCUGAAAGGAUUGUAUACGACAGUGGAUGACUGGGAGAAAAAGAAACCUUGGAUUGAUCAAUCUUUGAGGGAUGAGGUUUUGGAUGAAGCUGACAAAAUAAAGAAAUGGUUGGAUGAAAGUGAAGCUAAACAGGCCAAGACUCCGGGAUAUGUGGAUCCAAUCUUCACUUCUGAGGAGGUGUAUAGGAAGGUGGAAAAGCUUCAAAACAAGGUGAUUAAAAUUAACAAAAUACCCAAGCCAAAGCCAAAGGUUGAAAAACCUAAAACAAAUGAGUCUACAGCGAGUGACAGCCAAGAUGACACCAAAUCCAGUUCCAGCAAUAGGACAGAAAGUGAAGAUGGGGGAAAAGAUAUCCCCGAACCAAAUGAAUCUGAACACUCACAAGAAUCAAAUGGUCAAAAGAAAGAUGAUGACAUUUUUGAUGAAUUAUGAUAGAAGAGUAUAGCAAUUGGAAUAAAGAUACUCAGAAAUAUCGAAGAGCUAAUGAAUUAUGAUAGGAGACUACAGUAGUGGGAGUAAAACUACACAGAAAUAGGGAAGAGCUGCAUCCAAUCGAAACUCUAAAUCGUUAACAUCCAACAUGUUUAGCUGUGGUUUAUCCCACCCUCAAUUUUGAUCAACAAUUAGCAUUUGCCUUAUAGAUAAUUUGCAAUUUAUUGAGGUUCAUAAGGUGUACCUGGAGGUCUCCUUCAUGAAUAUGUACUUUGGCUAUCAAAAUCUGCUUUAAUUGUCAUUCACGUAGUCAAACAUUUAAUGUUCACAUUUUGAGAAAAAAUGUCUCUUAGAUAUUUAUCCUGUGGUUACAAGAUAAACAGUAACACAAUAAGCAGCAUCAAACAUUGCUAUAAUGGUUUAAUCAGGGGCUCUCACUAUAAGUUUACCCCUGAAAAUUGGAAUGCUGAUUGGCAUCCCCUUCAUUCGUGUACUAAUGGAUACUCACAGAAUCUAAUACGGUUGUUACGAUAAAGCA